AUGAACGGCUACGGGUCCCCGUACCUGUACAUGGGGGCUCCGGUGUCUCAGCCCCGCGCGCCCUUGCAGAGGACCCCCAAGUGCGCGCGGUGCCGCAACCACGGCGUGCUGUCGUGGCUCAAAGGUCACAAGCGCUACUGCCGCUUCAAGGACUGCACGUGCGAGAAGUGCAUCCUCAUCAUCGAGCGGCAACGCGUCAUGGCGGCGCAGGUGGCGCUGCGCCGCCAGCAGGCCAACGAGAGCCUGGAGAGCCUCAUUCCGGAGGCGCUGCGCGUGCUGCCGGGCCUCGGCAUGCACGGAGUCGGCGACGGGAACCAGGCGAGGGCGGAGGAGCUGGAGCUUAGGUGGAGCGGCGCGGAGGCGGCGCAGCAGGCCGGAGGAGCGCAGGCGCGCGCAGACCCGGCGGAGGAGGGUCCGGACGAGGGGUCCGGGGCCGAGAACGGGGGCAGCUCCAGUGAGAAGGACCAGGACCCGCUCAGCUCGCCCGAGGGCUCCAAACCGAACUCCUGCUACACCCCGGAGCCCCCCACCCAGCCGCCGGAGGAGGAGGAGGAGGAGGAGGGUCGCUACCCGAAGGAGAAGGAGGCCAAAGCCGAGAGCCCCCCAAGGAAGUACCCCUCUGGGGAGCAGGCCGCGUUCAUCGAGGGCCUCGCGGGCUCCAUCCACCUGCCCUUCGGCCUGCGGGCCAACCGGCCCCCGCUGGAGGUCCUCAAGAAGAUCUUCCCCGCUCACAAGCCCCCCGUGCUGGAGCUCAUCCUGCGGGGCUGCGGGGGGGACCUGGUGGGGGCCAUCGAGGUGCUGCUGUCCAGCCGCAGCGGUCAUGACGGGAGCAGCGCGCAUGCGCACGGCGACCACCCGCACCCGGACGCCCUCCUGUUGCCCACGAACGGACACCUGUUCGAGCACCCGCUGCACGGCGCCUACCACCCGGUGUCCGCCUCCGCCAAGUGGUCGGUGGGCUCCGCCUUCCGGGUCCCGGAGUCCCUCCGGUUCGCGUCCGACGUCGCCGCCGCCGCCGCGGGCGCAUGCGCAGUGUCCGGCGGCGCGCUGCAGCCGCAGCACCACCCGUCGUUCCCGCAGCCGAGCACGCGCUACCCGCUCAUGCUGCGCAACUCGCUGACGCGCAGCCAGGCCGCCGGCGGGCCCUUCGUGCACGGCGACUUGACCCUGUGGAAUACCAUGGCGCUGCAGCAGCAGUACCAGCUGCGGUCCGCGGCCCAGUACGUGUCGCCGUUCUCCCCCGUGGGGGCCGGCUCCGUGUUCCGCCCCCCCCCCACGGCGGUCCUCCCGUCCAGGGCCUCCGAGGAGCCGCGCGUCGGCGUCCCGGAGGAGAGCUGCCCGCUGGGGCCCAAGCCGGGCCUCUACUCCCCGGAGGAGGAUUACGAGGAGCGGUCCGACUCCGCGGACUCCCGGAUCCUGAACUCCUCCACCUGA